UGCCUGAAUCAAAAAUAAUCAGUAAUAAAAUAGAAAAUCCGAUCCAUAGAAAGUAGAAACCAAAACCCCCGGUCCAUCUCUCAACAGAAAAACCGCCCCCCGUAUUUCUUUCCCCUCACUUUCUUCCCUAUAAAAUCCGCUCCCAUUCUUUUCCAUUUCACUUCAUCAUACACAACAAUUUCUCGAUUACUUCGAAACUUAGAAAAAAAAAAAAAAAGAGAGAGAAUUCACUCCUUUCUUUCCCUCUACAAUUUUCUUCGCGGAAUUUCGUAUUUCUUUUCUCUGAAAUGGAUACCAAUAUUGGAUCACUUGACAGCUGCAAACCUACUUCCAACGACGUUUGCUGUCCAGCAAACGUUACCGUUUCUACCAUCCAAGGAUCCGUUUCCCCCACCAUCAUCAAAUCCUCUGAAGCCACUUUGGGCCGCCACUUGGCUAGGCGGCUUGUGCAGAUCGGAAUAAGCGAUGUUUUCUCUGUUCCCGGGGAUUUCAACUUGACUUUGCUUGACCAUUUGAUAGCCGAGCCAGGGCUUAACCUCAUCGGCUGCUGUAACGAACUCAACGCUGGGUACGCAGCUGAUGGUUACGCUCGAUCACGUGGCGUUGGCGCUUGCGUUGUCACUUUCACCGUUGGUGGGCUCAGCGUUUUGAACGCCAUCGCCGGUGCUUACAGUGAGAACCUCCCUCUUAUCUGCAUUGUGGGUGGACCCAACUCCAAUGACUAUGGAACUAACCGGAUUCUUCACCAUACUAUUGGCUUGCCCGAUUUUAGUCAAGAACUUAGAUGCUUCCAGACUGUUACUUGCUAUCAGGCCGUGGUGAAUAACUUGGAGGAUGCUCAUGAAAUGAUCGACACAGCUAUUUCAACUGCUCUGAAAGAAAGCAAACCUGUUUAUAUCAGCAUCAGCUGUAACCUGCCUGCAAUUCCUCACCCCACUUUUGCCCGCGAGCCAGUUCCAUUUUCACUCUCUCCAAAAUUAAGUAAUAAGAUUGGAUUAGAGGCGGCGGUGGAGGCAGCUGCAGAGUUCUUGAACAAGGCGGUCAAACCCGUUUUAGUCGGUGGACCAAAGCUGCGUGUUGCCAAGGCAUGCGAGGCUUUUGUUGAGUUGGCUGAUGCUAGUGGCUACGCCGUAGCGGUGAUGCCAUCGGGUAAAGGGCUUGUCCCUGAGCAUCAUCCUCAUUUCAUUGGGACAUAUUGGGGAGCUGUUAGUACUGCAUUUUGCGCUGAGAUCGUUGAAUCUGCUGAUGCUUACUUAUUCGCUGGACCUAUUUACAAUGAUUAUAGCUCUGUUGGGUACUCUUUGCUUCUUAAGAAAGAGAAGGCGAUUAUUGUGCAGCCUGAUCGGGUGGUCAUUGGUAAUGGGCCUGCAUUUGGGUGUGUUUUGAUGAAAGACUUCCUUAGAGAGCUUGCCAAGAGGCUUAAGCACAAUAAUACUGCUUAUGAGAAUUACCAUAGGAUUUUUGUUCCUGAGGGACAACCUUUGAAGGCAGCACCUAAAGACCCUUUGAGGGUCAAUGUUUUGUUCCAACAUAUACAGAAGAUGCUUUCUAGUGACUCAGCCGUGAUUGCUGAAACUGGGGAUUCUUGGUUUAACUGCCAGAAGCUGAAGUUGCCCGCAGGAUGUGGGUAUGAAUUCCAAAUGCAGUAUGGAUCAAUUGGGUGGUCAGUUGGUGCCACUCUUGGAUAUGCACAGGCUGUUCCGGAGAAACGUGUCAUCGCUUGCAUUGGUGAUGGUAGUUUCCAGGUGACCGCACAAGAUGUGUCCACAAUGCUGCGAUGUGGGCAGAAGACCGUAAUCUUCCUCAUAAACAAUGGUGGCUACACCAUUGAAGUCGAGAUUCAUGAUGGACCAUACAAUGUGAUUAAGAAUUGGAACUACACUGCCUUGGUUGAUGCAAUUCAUAAUGGUGAAGGCAAGUGCUGGACAGCCAAGGUAUUUUGUGAGGAAGAGCUCAUAGAAGCAAUUGAGACGGCAACGGGAGCCAAGAAGGACUGCUUAUGCUUUAUUGAAGUGAUAGUUCACAAGGAUGAUACUAGCAAAGAGCUGUUGGAGUGGGGGUCUAGGGUCUCUGCUGCCAAUAGCCGACCCCCAAAUCCUCAGUAAAUUCUACAGUAUGCUUUAUGCUAUAAGCUUUUGAGUUUCUGAAUGCUGAGUUAAAAAUCUGUAGUUUUCAACAUUUUGCAAAAUUUACGGAGUGCUUGCUCAUCUUGGUGCAAAUUCAUUUUCAGUAAUGAAAGCUAUGUUCUGGUUUCCUUUC